GACCACAGGAAGGAUUCUGUGCUGCUGAUCAGUAUUUCACCAAGCCCUCCAGCCGGGCUGCCUUCUGUGAAGCGAACCAUCUAAGAGUACCUGCUAUUACCUUUGAUGCUCUCCAUAGGGCAUUCUAUGAUGUUACCAGGAAAGAAAUCCAGCCAACAGUAAGAGAAAGGCCAUUUCCUUCUGACAUUUCUUCUUUCUGUGAUUCUAGUCACAUUUCCCAACAUCUUGCCUCUUGUUUCACAAUGAAAGAUGUACAUGUUUCACACCAGAAGAGUAAAAGCUACUGCAGGGAAGAUGUGGACUUCAAAUCUCUCCAAGAUCAGACAAUCUGUUAAAAAUGCUUAUGAAAAAUGUAAGAUCAAGCACCCAUAUUUUUUUGCUGGCUAUCCAACCAUGACUUCCUACAACUGUGAUCAAGAAGAUGUCAGUUCUGGUGAAGAAAUGAGUCUUACAGUAAUUCUCCAAGAUGUUAAAAUGGCCCAAAUCCAACUUCUCAACCAAAUGACCGAUGUUGUCAAUUCAAUAUCAAAAAUCCAGGAAACAACUGACCGCUACAAGAAGCAGAUGGAGCAACUGGAAAUUAACAUGAGUGUUAAUGAAGACCAACAAUGCACAACAACUAAAGAUAUCCUUUCUAUGAAAGAAACCAUUGACACUUUGAAGAAAAAGAUAACAGAACUGGAAAAACAAAAUUCUUGCUUCAGUAUCCAUUGUUUAGAGGUUCUGGAGGGAGAAAAAGAGAAAGAAACCUUAGAACUGCUUCACAAACUCAUACAAACAAAAGCUCUGAACGCAUCGGCCUCCACUGGCUCUGAAAUCUCCCCAGUAGAGAAAGUGCCCAAUCAUCCAGAACCCAUUGCUGAUUCUGAGAAAAGGACAAUUUCCCCCAAAAUUAAAACUUGGACAAAAAAUAAGCACCACAAUUCAUCAAGAAGUUUGAAAAGGGCAAACUCAAAUAUUUAUAUUUAUCCAGACUUUAACACAUGGGUCAAGCUGACUUUUGUUCAUGGUGGAAAGUGGAGAUUUUUCCUCAGUGCUACCAAGUUAGAGGAAUUCAUCCAGUGGCUCCUGUCUCGGCCAACCAUCCUUCCCAAGGAACCACAGAUCAUACCCAAAAGAGACUGUCCAUUCACCAGACCUAUUGUGAGCUUCACAGCAAUCUGUCUCUCUGUUGUCAACUAUAUUUACUGCCUUUUUGGUUCCUCAAAAGAGGAAGUAACUCGACUGUAGAGAUAUCUUCUGCUUUGCUUGGUACAAAAUAAAUGUGACCUGGUUGCUGCAAGCAUUUAUUCACCUUUGUGGUGGCUGUGAAUUCCAUGGUAACUGUUCACUUUGGACCCACUAUCUGCAAGGCUGCAUUAAAUUAAGGCACUCGA